CCUACCACCACUACCAACACCAGCAGAAUGUCCAUCGUUACGAUACGAAACGUCGAAUUCAUCAACAAUCCAGCUCGAUUUUCCGACGUGUACCGCUUUCGGGUCACUUUCGAGUGCAUAGCACCACUGAAAGACGAUCUCGAAUGGAAGCUCAUCUAUGUCUCGUCUCCCGGCAACGAAGAGCUGGACCAAGAACUUGACGAUUGUCUUGUCGGACCUGUGCCAUCCGGCGUCAACUCAUUCGAGUUCGAAGGUUCUCCCCCGGAUCCCUCAAAAAUACCCUUAGAAGAUGUCCUUGGAGUGGCAGCUCUAAUCCUAACCGGCUCGUACAAGGACCAGGAGUUUGUUCGAGUGGGAUAUUAUCAGAAUACGGAGUACGACAACGAAGAGAUGAAAGAGACGCCCCCAUCAAAAGUCAUGUUCGAGCGGCUAGUGAGAGAUAUCAGUCUCAAGCCCCGUGUUACGCGAUUUCAGAUAAAAUGGGAUGUCGCGCCUCCGCGACAAGAGGGAGUGGCUACUGGUGCUGCCGCAUCUGCUCCUGUUCCUUCUGCCGACGAUUUAGACUCUGGAGAAACACCGGCACCCAACGGUGCACCCUCAUAGCCGCGAAGAUGCCAAUCAUUUAUUUCCUUGGAGUUGUUUCUAUGAUAGUGGGUGUAAGUUGUUCGAGUUGGUAUUAUAUCCCUUUCUUGGUCGUGUUGUAGCACAUAUCAGAUGGUAUCGACGUGUUUUCCUUGACAUUGAACUGAAGGGCAUUCUGUGGAUCAUAUUCGCAGCUGCUAUUCAACGUUUGUUUAUUUAUCAAAGGGCUUCUCUAGGACCGGUUUUCUGACGCGAAUUGGGGCGAAAUAGGUGCUCUACCUUCAGCCUCGUCGCCAGG